AUGGACAAAGUCGCUGUCGCUGGUGGUUCGUCCGGUUUGGGCCGUACAAUGGUCGAUGCCCUCGAGGCAGCCAAGACUCACGACUACAUCGUCCUAUCGCGAAAGGCUACUGGACCUGAAACACGAGCUGUCGACUACUCUAAUAUCGAUGCUUUGACCUCGCUUCUUGAAUCUGAGCAGGUUGACACGGUUAUAUCAAUGCUUCCGAUCGAUAGUGAUGAUAGCGGACAAGCUCAGCUGAAUCUCAUCGAAGCGGCGGACCGAUCGAAAUGCACUAAGCGAUUCUUGCCGAGUGAAUUUGGUAUGGUCUACACCAAAGACAACAUCGCCCAUGUCCCUUCCUACCAAUGGAAGCUGAAAGCAGUAGAAGUCCUUGAAAAGACCAACCUCGAGUUCUCACUCGUCUCAAUUGGUCUGUUCCUAGACUACUGGGCCGCUCCACGUAUACCCACCUAUAUCCGCGCAGCAAACAUAAUCAUCGACCCUGAAAACAACGCAGCAGUAAUUCCCGGAGACGGAAAUACCCCAGUUGUCUUUACUCACUCUACGGACGCAGCAAAGUAUACCGUUGCCCUUCUUAAAAUUACGAAUUGGAAGCGCAGAUACGCUAUCGUCACAAAUCGUAUGACUCUCAACGCAGCGGUUAAGCUGGCUGAGGAGGUCAAGGGCGUCAAGUUUGACGUUAAAUAUUUCUCUGUGGAGCAGAUGAAGAAUGGUGAGAAUGAUCUGACGCCGAGUAUGAAGAAGGCGUUGCCAGAGGAGAUGCAUGGUGGUAUGAAGGCGAUGCUGGCCUUGUCGGGUAUCGGAAUGGCUACGGGUUCAAAUGAUAUACAGGGAAUUGAUGAUUUGGUAGGCAAGUUUCCAAAUAUCAAGCCUGUUACUGUUAGGGACGUCUGGGAAGCUUGGAAAUAG